AUGGAAUCUAUCCAUAAAUUAUUCGCAUAUUCACAGACGGCAGUCUCCUACCUCGACCUCACAGUAAUAGUCACCGCCUUGAACUUCUUGACCACUCGUUUUCACCGGCAGGUUGAACACAUAUCCUUGAUCAAAAAAAUUAGCGAGCCCCACGAAACUGUUCAGGCUUUGCAGAGCAUGAUCGAAGUAGACGGUGCCGGUACUUGGCCUCCCAAAGCCUCAUACCGAAACUCUUGGCCAGUAGAGCUUCGCCCAUACCAUGAUAUAUUCAUCGAACUGGCGCCAUUGCUCCCAGUAAUGGAUGCUUCGCUUGAUGAUACAGUUAAUAAAGUCCGCCGAACUGAAUAUCAAAAUCGAUUGAGAGGGCUUUUACAAGAACGCGUGAAUAUAGCAAAUGUGGAGGGAGUCCUUUCGUCUGCAGCAGUUAAAUCGUCUUCCGUGAUUACGAAUCAAGCCUACAAUGGAUUUUACGCGUGUAUAAGCUACCUGCGCCAUGCUUUUAGAUGGGGCAUCGUACCUAUAGUGAAAAUUGCACAACAAGAGAAGAUCAUCGAAUUUCCUCCUGAACUAGAUCUUCCGUGGGGUUUUAUUUGUCAAUGGUACGGUAUACAAUCCCAAGGAGGAAACGUUAUGUCGAACUUCCACUGUAAUCUAGGUAGAGAUGGAAGCAGACUUGAAUACGCGAUCAAUGGCAGCAUGCCGGAACCAAUACCAUCAGCUGAGUAUUACCUGGUCUGCGCAUUUACUGAGCCAGAGAGGAGGGCGCUACCGGUCUAUUACCACCUGAUACAAUCCAUCAUAUGCUUUGAAGUGGAUCAGAAAAAAGAUGCCUUGAGCAUCUUCAAAGAGUCAGCUUUGAAAGUAUACUACGAGUAUAUCAUCGAAUCCAGAGUACCUCGUGGUGUUUUUAAGGCCUAUAUCCAAGGAUUUCACGGCUGGGCUGCGGGGGAGAUGGUGGAUAACAAAUAUGUUGAGUAUGAUGGAACUUCCGGUGCUCAUUUGGUUUUGUUCAACGUUCUUGAUUAUUUUCUUGGACUUGAGCCCUUCCUUGGGGAGCAAGACUAUGUCAAAUAUUUUUCUUCUUCCCAGAGACGAUUCAUGGCUUCAAUCAGAGCACACGCUUUUAGGACAACUGCAAAGCAGGCUAAUGAUGCUGACUUGGUGAAGCAAUUUGAGGACAUUGCAAAGCAGCUCCGAGUAUGGCUUCAUCAAAAUAUUUCUGAACAAGACUAA